UGUGCGCACGCGUGGCACGUGUCGGCGUGGGCAUGAUGGCGGAGCGGCGCGCGGUGCCCAGUGACCUGUUCCCCCUCGUGCUCGCGUUCCUGCGCGAGAGCGGCUGCCAGGGCGCCGCGCGCGCCUUCGCCAGGGAGGCGGCGGCGAAGGAGCAGGACCCCAACGCGGCCUCUCUCCUGGACAUCUUCACCUACUGGCUGCGGUCUCCGGCGGCCAAGAAGAAUAAGCUGGUCCCAAACGGCGCCCCGGCCAAGAGGAAGCCGUCCACCAGCAGCAGUGACAGCUCCAGCGAGGAGGAUGAGAAACCCCCGGCCAAGAAGCCAGCUAAAGCACCAGCUGUGCCCAAAGCAAAAGCAGUUCCUACAGCCAAGAAGGCAGAGAGCAGCAGUGAGGACUCCAGUGACGAUUCCGACUCRGAGGAGGAGAAGAAGCCAGCAAAGAAAGGUGCAAAACCUGUGGUGAAGCCAGCUGGAACCAAAAUCCAGCCUCAGAAAAAAGCAGAGAGUUCCAGCUCUGACUCAAGCAGCUCAGAUGAAGAAGCACCAAAGAAGCAACCACCAAAAGCAGCUACACCUAAAUCAGGAAGUAAAGCUGCCCAGGCAGCCACCAAGGUUGUCAAUGGAAAAGCAGCAAGCAGUAGUAGCAGCAGUGAAGAUUCUGAGGAGGAAAAGGCUGCACCAAAAAAGGCUGUUCCCAAGAAAUCAUCUCUGCCAAAACCUGCAACUACUCAAGCACGUCCUGGGAAAACCAAACGUGGCAAGAAAAGUUCCAGUAGUGAGGAYUCAUCUGACAGCUCAGAUGAUGAAAAGCCACCUGCAAAACAAAAGCCAAAGUCUGGUCAGUACAGUGCUGUACCACCUCCUCAAGGAACACAGACAAAGAAGGGCCUUGCUAAGGCACCUGCAAAGAAUGCUGAGAGCAGUGACUCCUCAGACAGUAGUGAUGAGGCAGAGCAGGUGCCCUCAAAGGCAGAAGCAGGCAAAGCAGUAGUAGCUAAAACAGUCCCUGCCCCCCAGAAGAAAGCUGUGACUAGCAAGAAGGCUGAAUCCAGUUCUGACAGUGACUCAGAUUCUAGCUCUGAAGAUGAUAAAAAGAAGGUAGGAAAUAAGCUCCCAGCUAAACAGCCUGUGAUUAAGAAUACUUCCAAACCAGCAAAAGUAGUUGUCAAGCCUGGACAAGCAAAGAAAGACUCCAGUUCUUCCUCAGACAGCUCAGAUUCUGAUAGUUCUGACAAGAAGGCAGCUCCUGCAAAGCCCACAGCUAAAGCAGCAACCCCUGCAGCAAAGAAGUCACCAGCUGCCACCAAGAAAGCACAAAGUAGCUCUGAUUCAGACAGCAGCUCUAGCAGUUCUGAGGAUGAGAAGAAGAAGAAAGGCCCUCCAGCUAAACCAGCUGGCAAAGUGGCUAAGCCCGUGUCCAAACCUUCUACUUCAGCUCCCAAAGCAGACACAUCUGACUCUGAUAGCUCAAGCAGUGAAGAAGAAAAGCCAGCAGGGAAAMCAGCCCCCAAAUCUAAAGGGGCAGCAAAAGCAACUGUGGGGAAGAAAGCAGCUGCUUCUAGUAGUAGCAGCAGCUCGUCAGACAGUUCCAGUGAAGAGGAUGCGAAACCCAAAAAGGCUGUGAAAGGGGUGCAGAACAAUUCUAAGGCCACUGCCUCCACAGAGAAAGCAAAAGCAUCUGCAGCAGCUGCAAACAGUGUGAAGUCUAAGCCAGCYGAUGGCAGCAGUAGUAGCAGUGAAAGCAGCUCUGAAGAAGAGACUGGAAAAGUCAAUGGAGGCACAAUCGGGAAGAAACAGAAGAGGGAAGAUGUUCAGGAGCCAGAGACACCACACAGUAAAAAAGCAAAGAUCAAAGCCAAAACACCACACACAGUUCCCAAGGUGAAACGGCCRUCCUCUCCAUUCCGCCGCGUAAGGGAAGAAGAGAUUGAGGUGGAUGCCCGUGUGGCUGAUAACUCAUUUGAAGCCAAGAAAGGAGCUGCUGGUGACUGGGGUGAGAAGGCUAACAAUAUCCUGAAAUACACUAAAGGCAAAUCUUUCCGCCAUGAGAAAACAAAGAAAAAACGAGGAAGCUACCGUGGGGGCACUAUAUCGACCCAAGUGAAUUCCGUCAAGUUUGAAAGUGACUGAGAAUGAUUCCUUUGGAAUUCAUAAACCACCUGCUCACCAGAACAUCUUGGAUGGGCGGAUGGACAUUAUGGAUGUCAAGUCUGCCUGGAAUGCUACCUCCCCUAGCCCCUUGUGGGGCAGGCAGCUCCAGUGUAGGGAUAUGGGAAAAUGGUUGGAUGUUUCCCCCUUUUAUUUCUAAAUUUUUUUAGUCUCCUAAUUUGAAACCAUCCUUGAGCUGGUGUUACUGGCACCAGUAGGGUGACCUCCAAGACUUAUAUUUUCUACAGUCUUAUUUUAAAAGGCUGACAGUAAUUUUUACUUUCUGUUUCCCGCCCAUCUAGUAGAAAGAAAUCAUUGUCCUGUAUUUUAACCUCUCAUUUCUUUUUCACCCAGUUGAACUCUAAUACCUGUGAAAAGCCAAGUAWUGCCACUUUGAGCCAUUACUGUAAGAAAACCGACUGAUUUGAGCAUUCUGCCUGUAAUCCCCAACCCCACCUGACAUUUCAAGUUUACCSUUGUAGUGUUCCUCUUCUGUACAGGGUUCCUCUUCUGUGUUUUCUUUCAUGGGUUCACCUUGCAAUAAAUACCUACUUUCCUCUUCCUUGCACUCCUGUGGAGGCCACUAACCAGAGUACUUGGAGAAGCAGUCUCUAAAUAUCUUAGUAAUUGAGUAACAGUAUCGAUCAUAGUUGUGACAUGGGGGCUAUUGUCAGAAAGACCAAGGUCYAGUACCGCUGUGGCACUCAUGAUAACACUUCCAUUAGUGUAGCUGGGGAGUAGAGUUGUACAGAAACUUGACUGCAUGUGGUUGCAAAGUUUUACUGUGUGGGAAGGGAAAAGAGACUGAGGAGAUAGAGGCCUCUUUGCAAAAAGCAGAGCUAGAUAAGCAGUGUUUUUGUUUCAGAUGCUCUGGCUGCCAUGUGCCAUUACUCCUUGUUGUGUCUGAACAUAAAAAGUGCCAGCUUAUGCUUACUGCCAGCAGUGUGAGCUGUAGCUUGUUAGAAGUUGAGAUGAAUGUAUCAUUAAUGCCUUAAAUUUCUUUUUUGAGUUGGAUCACUUGCUCUUUGAGCUGUUUUCCAUCUGUUAAAUCCCUCUUGACAAGUAAAAUGCCAGUUUCCCCUUAGCACAAAGGCAAGUAAAGCCUGGUGCUGUAAGUUUUGAAGUACUAGCUACAAGUAUAUGGUCAGUAUGGGGAGCCACAAACAAAUUGAGAAACUAGCAGCCUAAACUGAGAUUUCAUGAGCAACUGUCCAUAUAAUGGCCUACUGCUGCUGAAGGGUGGGCUUGCUUUCACUCCACUUGUGUGACUGCCUCCUUACUUGGGUGCAGUUUGCAUCAGGUAUAACAUACCCAGAUMCUUUGCCCUCUCUUAGGUGGUUUAAGUUAAGUAGUUUGAGGAGCAGUGGACUGAGCCCGUUGCCAGUACAAAUUGAAUAGUGGUAGUGCAUGUUUGGGAAAUAGAGUAGUGGGCUGUGACAUCUGCUUACCCUGUGUGMUGAAACUGCCAGCCAUUGAGAGACAGUGCAGGGCCUGAUUUCCAUGUUUCCAUUCCCUCCCUAAAGGGUGUUAAUGAGAAGAUCCUUGUUACAGGAAGCUAUGUUUGUGUGCAAAGCAGUGUCACCUAAUUGAGGGUUAGGUGAGACUUGAUGAGCCACUCCCAUCUACAUGAGUGGCAGCUUUUUCCAGUGAGCAUUUUUCAGGACUUCCCUGUGGSUUGCACAAUCACUGGGGCCUGGAUUCAAGUCUAUAAUGCAGAGGGGCCCAGGAGACCAUGGUUAUUAAAAGAARGUAAAGGUUAGAGGCCAAAGGAAGGUGGGAAGAGUAUUUUCUGCAUGGGCAUUUGAACAUCUUUCUUGAAGUUUGCCCUCUUUUUUCUGUUUAUCAUCAGGAGCUUAACAUUUGAAACUCCUUAAAAUACUUUUAUGGUUUGAGGUUUUUUAAGAAGUCUAUAAAUGUGAGAAUUUAAUGUGUCAGAAAAUAAAGAUUGCUGCCUUUGUA